AUGGCCGGAGACAGCGAGACGCACCUGAAGGACCGCGGGGACAACAGCAGCGUGGUUCGACAGCCUUUCCUCAUCGGGGUCUCCGGGGGCACCGCCAGCGGAAAGUCGUCGGUAUGUGAGAAAAUCAUGGAGCUGCUGGGGCAGGACAAGAUCGACCACCACCAGAGGCAGGUGGCGAUCCUCAGCCAGGACAGCUUCUACAAGGUGCUGACCCCAGAGCAGAAGGCCAAGGCUUCGAAGGGACAGUUCAACUUUGAUCAUCCAGAUGCCUUUGACAAUGAGCUAAUCAUGCAGACACUCAAGGACAUCCUGCAGGGCAAGACUGUCCAGAUCCCUUUAUAUGACUUUGUUACUCAUUCCAGGAAAGAGGAGUUUAUCACGGUGUAUCCGGCUGAUGUGGUCCUGUUCGAGGGGAUCCUCAUGUUCUACUCUCAGGAGAUUAGAGAUCUGUUCCAGAUGAAGCUGUUUGUUGACACAGAUCCAGACACACGCCUCUCCCGCAGAGUUUUGAGAGACAUCAGUGAGCGUGGACGAGAGCUGGAGCAAGUGCUAGCUCAGUACAUUACCUUUGUGAAACCGGCCUUUGAGGAGUUCUGUUUGCCAACAAAGAAGUAUGCAGAUGUGAUUAUUCCACGAGGAGCAGAUAACCUUGUGGCGAUCAACUUGAUAGUACAGCACAUCCAGGACAUUCUGAACGGCGGGCUGAACAAGCGUCACAAUGGCUGCCUGAACGGCCACAGCACCCCACGUCAGCGGAGGACCUCCGAGUCCAGCAGCCGGCCUCAUUGACCUCGCCACACCUCUCUCACAGUGUGGAGAGGGGUGUGGGGGUUGUGCUGUAAAUAACGCCUGUUGAAAUCACUGUAUUUAAGAAAAGUGGGAAGGAAAAAAAAAUUUAAAGAAUUGAAAUGCCUUUUAUUAUACGAUGACUACUCUCGUUCUUAGUUCCUUUUUGCCGUAAUUGUUGGACGUAGGAUGCAGAUUUGUCAGGAGGGUAAAAGAGAAGCUCUUCUCGAGAUGAGACCAUGGGUUUAAAUUGACCCUUUCAUUUUUCUCCCAUAUUGCAUUAUGGUUUUUUUUAUGUAUCCCCUGCUGCUCCAUGGAAAUUCAUGUCGAUAAUGAAUAAAAGAGGGGGAAACCUUUUUUAUUCUGUAAUGUCUGAUAACACUUGAACCCCUAAUGCCUGGGGGAGUUGGAUUAAUGUUUGGCUGAGUUCCAAACUAGAAGUAUAUGGAAUAGAAGAUGAGUUAAGCAAACCAGGAUUGCACUCUGUAUUUGUACUGACAAUCUUGGUGCUGUUUCCUACCUUUUUAUUUCUCUGUGUUGUUCGGUGUAAUGAGUCACACUAGAAGUCUGUUUACUACACAAAGUGUCCACCAUGUUGAUACUGUGUAAAGUCUGCAGCAGCAGAAACACGCCACAUGAUUCUCUGUACUGACGCAGAAUAAGGCCGACAAGUGAGCGGCUCGAAGGUUCAAACGCCUAUUGAGUCCAGUGUUGUGGUUAUUGAUACAGUUUUGGGACACUUAGCCUAUUGUGUCGUGACUGUCCCUAUCAAGACAUAUAAUACACCUACUUCUAUGUCUUUAAAAAGGUGAUUAAAUAUCUUAGUUUCAAAAGACAGAAACAGCCCUGUUGAAUAAAAUUCAAUUAUGAUGUAUACUCUCAGGUUGAUUACACCAUCAUGGUUUGAGACGUCAGAAUUAAAAGGAAAAGGGUGUGACAAAGGUGUUCAAUGCCACAGCAAUAUCAACUAUUCCAGGUGUGUGGCCGUUUAUAACCAGGACCCACCGCAAUGCCUCUGCAAAGUUGCCUCAGGUUUCGCUAACAUGUACAGCCAGUAGCAACCAAUUUCCAUUAUAACACAAGGUUACAAUAAAAGCUGUCGAAUUCAUUUUGUAUUCUACGUGCUGUAUUUGUUGUGUAAAGUGUAUAUGAAUGAAUGAUUUGUACUAUGAGAUUUGUACUGUACGGCUGGUGAAUUGGCCGGAAGGAGUAUUUCGAUGAUUUACAGGAUUUUCGUCAAAUUGCUUAAUGGUCAAUAAAGUGAUACAGCCCAAA